AUGUCGUCAUCUGGUAAUCACGAUACAGCUAGACAUGCAGGUUCCUCGUCCAUGGGAGGUUCUGGCGGAGCUGGUACUUCUGGUCAAACCGGUAGUAUGGGUGGAUCGAGUGGUCAAGGACACGGAGGUUCGACUGAUCCUGGUAUGUCACACAAAGCUGGACAAAGUGGUACACACAGUGGUGGUAGUGGACUAUUCAGCUCUGGUGGUGGAUCAAUUACAAGUGGCGGUGGAUCAACUACUCAUGCUGGUGGUGGCAGCAGUCAGCAACAUUAA